AUGACAACAUACACACACCAAAUGUCCAAAUUCAAAGCCACAACAUCCUUCAUCUAUAUAUUGAUGAAAAACUUUUGGAAAAACCUAGGCGGGGACCAAAUUGGCGAACCCCUCAAGCCAAUCCCCGAGAUCCCCGCCCCUGACGAGAUGUCGGAGGUGGUCCCCACCUCCAGCACGUCAGUCAAAUCUCGUCUCACGAGGUCCCGCGCCCGUCGUCAUUCACCGGACCACAAAGUGCACAUCGUGCACAUUCAGUUCUUGCUCGACGUUAUUGGGGCCCCGUCGCUCCCGAUCAUCUCUCCCCACUCUAUCAAUUAUCCCGAUGUCAAAACGUACCGUGAGUAUGUUGCCGCGUCGGGUGGCGACGCUCUUGACUUGAUCGAAAACGUGAGCGUGCUCGGGAAGGUGACGAUGGCGAUCUUAAAUCAAAAUAUUAAGAAAUCCAUGAAUAAGGUGGAGCAUGGCACAUUCGUGCUAUAUCAACAAACACGAAUCCGCCACGCGCCAUGGAGUCUGGAGCUCAUGGUCUCCGGUUCCAAAAUGAGCGCCGGUUGCAAUGGCAAGGUGGCCUGGCGGCAGACUCCAUGGCGCGCCACUUGCGAUCCGGUGCAACCUCUCCGCCGGUCCUUACAGGGACUCGAUCCAAAGGGAGUAGCAGAGCUAUUCUCCAACUCCACCCGCAUUGGCGAGAGCGAAAUCGACGGCCAAAAUUGCUUCCUCCUCGAGGUGGAAUCAUCACAGCCGUCCACGUCAUCGGCCGAAACAAUCAAACACAUAGUGAAGGGGUAUUUUAGCCACAAAACCGGUCUAUUGAUCCAUCUAGAGGACACCCACUUGCGUUCGGUAAAAACCGACGGGUGCGAGCUCGGUUGGGUGACGAAAACGUCGUCGUCGAUCCAGGACUACAGGCCGGUCAACGGCGUCGUGAUCGCGCACGGCGGCCGGACGAAGGUUUCGUUGUCGAGCGGAGGCGAAAUGGAGGAGAUUUGGAGCGUUGAGGAGAUCGACUUCAACUUGAAAGGGAUGUCCAAGGAUUUUUUCGCGGCUCCUGCGGGAGUCGAGGAUUGGCGAUCGAGGUAUCGACGAUGA